GGUAUCAGAACGGUGUGUGAGAAGUGAUUAGUAAGGUGUCUAAAUAUGAAAUAACUGAGGAGGGCAAACUCUUCAACUACAUGCCUUUCCAUUGGUUCACAUGUUUGCCAACUCAUGCUCGCCCAGGAAGUUUCUAUCAUUGACCACAGCGACGACGUGGAAUUAAUCCAUGGCGGUUCAUCUAACGUUAUCAAAUAACAUCGAAGAGGCGACCACACCUCGUAUAUAUUCAGUUAGCGGCCACAUCAACGCGGAGCACGUAGCUAACAAUGACUGCAUCGACCCCCCAAUAUUAUCAUGAGCCUCAACUCGUGUCAACAAUCCGAGACCUAAAGAAGUUACAAAAUGGCCUCAAAGCAUCCCAUUGGUUUCCGAUGCCAGUCUCCAGCCUCUAAUGGUACCACAUAAGUUUGUGGUGGGUCUUCGGUGUCAUUCUUUGCUACGACUGCUGCGAGUAAUUUCAGGAUUUUUAUGACGGUGAUAUCACGGUUCGUUUGAAAGGAUCAGGUUUUGGUGAAGCCGCUGUUCAGCCAUUGUCGUGUCCGAAUAAUAUAUAAUUACCGCCCAGUGGCAGGUGAUCGAAGAGCUCAUAAGUCAAUGCAAACCCUACCCCUCUUCGUUCUUUUCGUGCCCCUCUUCAUCUACCUUCAUCAGUGGUAAUGAAUUCGCCCGCAGAUUGUCCAUUCAUUUCUGCAAAAAUGUCUGAUGCAAAUCCAUAUGUCCUUACAAAGCUCUCCGAGCAUGUGUCACAGCAUCUGAACAAAUCCCUUGACCAAGCCGUGGAGAAUCUAUCUUUGAGACUUCAGGACACUGCUAAAGACGCCAUCGCUGAUACCAGAGAAAUCAAUACCAUUAUUGACCAGGUGGUCAGAGAAGCCGUUGAGAAAGCAUUCGAGAAGUCAGUGGUGACGGAAGUUGAGCCUUGUUCCAAACAAUCAGAGUUCAAAUUUCCACCUCCCCGAAAUUCCAAUUUCGUUGGCCGCUCUUCAACCCUAGCGAAACUACUCAGUCUAUGGAAGCCGGAUCAAAAGAGUAGAUUGGCAGUAGUAGGACUUGGAGGAAUAGGGAAAACCGAACUUAUUACUGAGUUGGUCUACCAAAUUAGAGAAGCGUCGCCCGCAUCGAUAUAUUGGUUUGGGCCCGGAAACUUGCUUGCACCUUCCGUCGAUGGGCAUGAGCCAUUAGAAGAUUGGCUACGGCCAGGGCGAGACUCAGCAAGUUUGCUGGUCGUUGAUGCCGGGGACAAUUUUGAUUUUCUCAUGCAGCACACUGAGCAUGGUAGACUGAUUGACAGGCUGCAAAGUUUCGAAGGUGCCAUUAUACUCAUCACAAGGACUAAAUCGAAUGGGUGUCUCUUAAGUGGCCCUCACAAUAUUUUCGAAGUGGGAUGUCUCGAGCUCGAACCAACAAUGUGUUUAUUACGGGACAGAUUGACCGUUGACCUCUUCGAUAAUUCAACUGACGAGCAACUUCGAGAAAUCGCUCUUCUUGUUAAUUGUCUACCAAGAGCUAUUGUCCAGGUCUCAAACCUACUCAACGAUACUUCGAUGAAACUGUCGCAAUUUAUCUCCAUAUACCGAACAAAUGAUCAAUUCAAACUGCGAUUGCUGAGUUCGGUAGCUCCGCUUUUUACAAUAUCGGAAGAAGAAUCUGUUAUUGGUAAGGGCGUCAUGAAUGCUAGACAAUUUCGAACAACCUACCCUAUGGCUGCUCGAAUUCUUCACCAUCUAUAUUACCUUGGCGGUAAUGGAGUACCGCGCUCUAUCAUCUGCUCGUUAGUUGACCCUCUUGAUCUCAUUGUCGUAAUGUGCAUUUUGAAGGGCAAUUUUCUUGUCACUGAGGACGAUACUAGCGAGACGUACAAUAUGCAUCCUUUAGUCUUCUUGUCGCUCAAGAAGGUCAUUACCAGCGAAAGACCAGAAACAGAAGAAAGUGAGACUGAGGAAGAGCUGGAAUGGUACACACAAGUCGUUGUUGCCUUUGGGAAUUACUACCCUGACCAAAGUAGCAAGGACCGAGAAUGGUGGAAAACAUGUUUUGAACGCUUCCUUAGUGAUGGAAGCAAGAAAACUGAUUCUGUACGAAUUGCGCUGGCUUUGGUUUACAACAAAGAAUCCAAACACCUUGUUCGCAGGGGCCUCUACAAUGAUGCUUUGAAGAUGGCAACACAUGCAGUUGAUACUUUACCAGAAGCAAUACCUCACGAACAUCUUAAUAUACUUCAGCAUCAUCUUUCACUACUCGAUCUGUUGGCCAAGUAUGGAGAACUUAGAGAUGCACUGCAGACGUAUACUGAAGAACAGCCAGAUGAGUUGUGGAAGAAGCGCGUUGAGGGCAUCCUGUACUUAUCAGAAGGUACCAACAAAUCUGAUGUCGUUGACCUCUUCCGCCAGAUCCGCCGUGCAAAAGAGUCCAUGAAUGCUCCCGAAAGUGAUUUAUGUACCAGCAUUGACGACUAUGGGGUGGCUCUUAUGCUGAUUGGCAACUACCAAGCUGCUGAAAUAGAAUUUUCAACGGCUUUUAGGAAAAGGGCAACAUUUUUAGGAACCAAUCAUCCCGACACUCUCAUCAGUUGCCAACAUCUUGCAAAUGUACUGCAUAAGUCUGGCAGGUUUAAUGAUGCCCUUAGAUUUGUGGAAGGUGCCAUACGUGGAAGCCAGAUGUCUCAAGGCGACGAGCAUCCUCAAACUCAAUAUAUCAAAAGUCUUAAAGCACGAAUUCUACUGUCCAAAGCCGUUUCAUCGUCCGAUUACAAUGAGGUUGAAUCUCUUCUCACGAACGCCGCCGAUGUUCUCACUACUCACCUAUCUGACUCUCACCCUCUGGUUCUAACUUGUAGGAGCAAUAUUGCAUUAGUGAUGCUAGCACAAGGGAGAUAUGAUGAAGCUUUAACCAUGAAUCGUGCUGUUUUGGCCGCAAGAGAACAUGGCCCAUGGUUAGAUUGUGAGCGACAUCCGGACAUAUUGACGAGUCGGCAUCAGAUUGCAGAAUGUCUGAGGCUCAAAGAAGGAUGUCAUGCUGCUCAAAAUUUAAGUUCUCAAGUUCUAGUCGAUAGAACGCAAAUAUACACCGAAGGAACUUUCGAAAGCGAUGACUUUCAUCCCGAGCAGCUCGCGAGUCUGCACCUCCAAGCUCUCAUUCUUGCUGGCCUUGGUCAACACAGCGGAGCCCUCCACAAAAUAGAUCUUGUGUUGAUCGGUAGAAAACGCGUUCUCGGAGAGUCACAUCCAGAUUACCUUAACAGUCUCACCUGCCGAGGUGAGAUUAUACGUGGCCAGCUCCCUCUUGAAGAAGGACGUGAGGAGAUGUUGGACACUAUCGACGCACUUCAUGGAAAAGCUUUGGAGGGUCUUACUCGAGUGUUUGGUUCUCAGCAUCACUGGACACUUCAGUGUCUAUCUUACAUGGCAGCUGCAAAGCGUGAACGCGGCGAUGCUUUGAGCUACACCGAAGCCGCUGGGCUGUAUCGUCAUAUUUCACGAGCGUAUGAGGGAAAUAUGGGUGACCUCCACCCUGAAACCGUCAGAGCGAAAGCCUAUCUGGCUGAAGUGAUGCAUCUUUUGGGAAACCGUCCGGAAGAGGCUAAAAAGGUUUUCAGAGAAGCUUGCGCUGGACUUGCGAAGGUAUUUGGAUCAGAUGCCCAUGCUACUAUUACCGCGUAUAGAGGGUAUGAAAAGUUCGCUAAGGAUCUUUCUGAUCCAGUUUCAGGCUUUUAAAGUGUGAUGAUGGAAUUAUUUCUGAAACAGCAUGGUCAAGGACUACCAGGAGACACAUAUGUGACCCACAUGUACAGGAAGGGCAACUCAGUGUAAACGAUGUUCGAGUAGGCGUUAUAAUGGAUGGAUGGAUAUUUUGUAUGGAGCUGUUUAUUGAUCCUUGUCCUCUCCUCGCUGGCUCGAGCUAGUAGGUCCAGUUCACAGAAACCUCAUUGAAGGCUGGAGUUAAUGCACGAAUUCUAUAACA